UAAUAGUAACAUAAUAAAUAAUGCACAUUUGACUCUUUACACUCAUCCUGAAAACUCUCAGAGACUGUCAGAAAUUUGAUAAUAUAAGCAAAUUUAAGUCUAUACUUUGUCCUUAAAAGAUAUAAAACAUUAGCAGGAAAUCGGUGUUUGCAUUUAGACACACAAGUGAUUAACAAACUGUCUAUAUUGGGAAAUGUGUGUUUCCAAAGUGAAUUUUAAUGAAUUUCAAAUGUGUUGAGGGCUUCAUUAUGGGUUGGAUUUGGGACUUUUAAAUUAAAUUCAAAAAAUAAUCUGGUACUGUAUAUAUUGAAAUAUUAUUACAAUAAAUCUAUUGUCAAUAUUUUGUAGCACUGUUUGUAUUACUGAUAUUGUUGGGAUUUCUGAUUCGACCACUGAAACCAGUUCUGGUUGUCAUAAGAACUGACUCAUUCGAUGCCACAAUGCGCCAAAAAGACUCUGUGGAUAUGACAUUAUUUCGUAUGCCAACAAUAGAAGCAACAAGUAUCGGACCAACCUCAUUAGUUCGUUCUGGGAUGUUACCCACCAUAUCACAAAUGGCACGGAUGUCGGGUACAACAUUAAGUGAUGACUCAAGAGUAGACUUGACCUUUUUCCGAGUUCCAAAACAACCCAGUGCAGUUCAGUCUACAUUUCAAAGAACUUCUACACUCCCCAACAUAUCACAAGUGGCACAGGAUGCAGACAAUAUCAGUAUCAUGGUGAGAGAUACAGGACCCAACACUGUUAUAAGACUGAGGGAGAUGACGCAGUCCAGGAUUCUGCAGCCUUCUGUGUCCCUUGUGUUGUCGACAGUUGCGAUAGAGCGAGAAGAGCUACCACCAAUACCAAGACAACCUUGGUACAAGUGUGGAUGUUUCCGAUCUCCGUAUCCUUCGAUCCCAGAGAGACCGAUGCACCGAACGGAUCUUUACUACACUGGCAGCCUUAACAGGCUUGAUGAAUACGUUACUAGGGAUAGAGACUUGGACUACCACUUGCAUGUGACUGAGGUUCCUACGUAUUUUGAGGUGGUACAGGACCUGACUCGCACCUACACAACGUGGUGCUGUCACCAGAUCUUGCACGGAAUUAGAUCACUACUAGACUACACUCUUCUCAAGUCACCAACAUUUGUUUGUCUCGCACUUUGUGGUUUUGCAAAUUACGUAGCAUUCUUCUUACCAUUUUUGUACGGCAAAAUCCACCUAGAGGAGAUGGGAGCAGGCCACUAUGAUACAAUGAUGGUAUCAACGAUCGGGCUGGGAAACAUGAUCGGUCGAGUGUCAAGCGGAAUAAUCGUUACUGCAAUACCGAGAUUCGGAGCCCGCACUACCGUGUCAGUGACCAACUUCCUUGCAGGGCUGGCAGCAAUCAGCUCCACUCUCUACAAUGUAAUAGAAUACCAGUUUGCAUGUAUGCUGAUCUUUGGACUAACAAUAGGUUUCUUUUCACCACUACGAAGUAUUAUAAUAGUGGACUUCUUGGGACUCAACAAACUCACAUCGGCCACUGGAAUGAUGAUUCUUUUUCAAGGAAUUGGAGCAUUUGCUGGUGCACCAACUGCUGAGGCAAUUAUGGACUUAACAAAGAACAUUCAUUCACCAUUCUACUUGUGUGGAGGAGCCCUGGUUUUUGGCAGCUUGGUACUUUGUCCUAUGAGAAAAUUGCAAAGAUGGGAGAAACGAAAAGAAAAAAAGAUACAGCAAAAUCAAAGACAAUGACUGCAUAUUUCAAGGCUGUACUGUGUGUAAUAAUUUAUCAAUAAACACAAAUUUAUUUCUACAGAACACUGUAAUAGAUCACAGUUUUUGCAGUAUGAUUAGUAUUUAUUUCAUUUUUUUCUGUCUAGUAAUCACAGCUGCUCCUGACUCCAAACUUAAUAGCCACAAUCUGUUGUAAUAAUAAAACCAGCUAGCUUCUGCCUUUAUCUGAAAAUCACUAAAACUACACAUGAAAUUUUAGAAACUACUACUAAAUGACAAUAUCAAAUUUGGAAAUGGAUUUGAUUAUUUAAUAAAAGAGAGUUAUAAUUACUUUUUUUCAUUCAGUAAUAAAAUUAAACUACAUUACUGCUUAUGUGUAACAUGUUUUAGAGGGUAUUGCUUUUAGACAAAAGCACUGUGACGCAGGGUAUUUUGUCUUAACUCUAAAAGUGGCAGUCAAAAGUUCUCUGGGUUCCAGCAAUUUUCACUUUUCAUACCUUUUCACUAAGCUAUAACAUACACUUAUUUCCAUACUCUAUACAUUAGUGUUAAUAUUUUUGCAAUCAUUAAUCGUCACUAAAUAUAUGAUUCAUCUAAAAACAUGCGUAAAAUUUUAUUACUA